CAGCCCAGAUGAGCGGAGCCUCUGAGGACAUGUCAGCCGCAACAUACAAAAUUCAUGACGAAUCGCACACCAUAGGAAAUGCCUUGCGGUGGAUGAUUAUGAAAAAUCCCAAAGUCGAAUUUUGUGGAUACAGCGUCCCUCACCCUUCCGAGAACUUUAUACAUGUCCGCAUUCAAAUGUAUGAUCACCUAUCCUCACUAACCGCUCUCCUGACGGCGCUGGAUGAUCUUGACGCUUUAUGCUCCACCAUUGAUACCGCAUACCGGUCCAGUCUACAAAAUGACAUCUACGAGCGAUGGGAAGAGAAAUCUUGAUGUUGGUGCAUGGAAUUCUAUGUAAGGUUUGGUGUUCUACUGUAACACAGAAGCGGCCUUCUCGCUGGCACGGCAAUAGUGACCGUUUUCCAAGGUCAUGUCGGUGUCAGCUUCCCGUCAUCUUUUACGAAGACUCUGUACCGAACAAUGAGAAAGUUACCCAAUCUGCAGCCUUUCAUUCCAG